UAAGAGACUUCUCAAAGAAGAGUGAUUGUUCAAAGUUUUGUUAGUUUGUUGGUGGUUGUUAAUGUUUUUGGUUCUCCGUUGUUGUAGUGACUCAACUCUUACGUCAUUAAUAAGCCCUUUUCCUAAGAAAUUCCAUUCUCUGUGAACUGGUAAAAUAUCAAAUUUACUCAGCGUGCGACUGUCACGUCAAUCAUUAAUCCAGUAGCGAGAUACUAGCUAUUAGGCCUGUGGCUCUUAGAAAACGUAGCUGUCAGCUGUCUGGUCGCAAUGUUCGCCUCGGGACCGAAUUAUAAUAAACUGAAGACCAAUUUGAGGCUGGCGAUUAAUCGCCUCAAGUUGUUGGAGAAGAAAAAGACGGAAUUGGCCCAGAAGGCGAGGAAGGAGAUUGCUGAUUACAUCACUACGGGAAAGACGGAGCGAGCCAAGAUUCGUGUCGAACAUAUAAUCAGAGAAGAUUAUCUGGUGGAAGCUAUGGAAGUAACUGAAAUGUAUUGUGAUCUUCUUCUAGCACGAUAUGGCUUGAUACAACAGAUGAAGGAUUUGGAUGAAGGACUUGCAGAAGCUAUAUCCUCUCUCAUUUGGGCUGCUCCAAGGCUGCAGACAGAUGUUGCUGAACUGAAGAUUGUUGCAGACCAGCUAGCUCUCAAGUAUGGAAAACCUUAUGCCCAGGCAUGUCGAGAGCAGCAGGUGGCAACAAUAAGUGAGCGUUUAAUUCAUAAGCUAGGAGUCCAAGCACCACCCAAAAUAUUAGUGGAAAAAUACCUUGUUGAAAUUGCCAAGAAUUACAACAUCGAAUAUGAACCUGAUCCGCAGAUCAUGCGCGAAGCAGAUUGGGGACAGGAUCCAUUAAUCAGCUUAGAUGAGAAAAAUAACUUGGGAAAUGGUGGAGGUGCAAGCGGUGGUGGAGGUGGAAUGAAUAUUCCCCCUACAGGCUUUGUUGGCUACCCACCGCAGCCCAUGGGUCCACAACCAUUUGGAUAUUCUGGAAAUGAUGGAGAAUUAAUUUUGCCUAAUGUUCCCGGUCCUGUUCCUUUUAUGCCUGGACCUCCUGGAGGAUUUAAUUAUCCAUCUUGCGGACCUCCACCACCACCUGAUCCUUCUGCAGAUGCUGGACCUCUCCCCAGUAAAAUAAGCAAUAAUUUACAGAAUGUAAGUGGGUCUGGGAGUGGGACAGGCCAGUGGGAUGAGUUGAUGGGGCUUGAUAACUCACCACCUCCCCCAUACUCAUCUUUCAUCCCUUCUGGCCAUAACAACAUGGUCCCACAUCCAAAUGCACCACCUGCAAGUAUGCCUGGAGAUGUCCGACCACAAUUUCCUCCUGACAUCAGCAGUGGAGCUGGUAACUUGAAGUCUGAUGACCAGCCAAAGCCUGCACCAAGGUCUAAGUUUGGCGAUGGAAGUCCUGAUUUUACACUGCCAGAUUUGCCCAACAUCCCAGACUUGCCUAGUGUUCCUGGUGGUAACACAUUUGCUGAUCCAAGUGAGAGUAAAGAUGACAUAGACUUUGAUGAUCUCACAAAGCGAUUUGAGGAUCUCAAAAAGAAGAAAUAGAUGUUCCUUUAAUGUUAAAUUGUCAGUUGUUGUUUGAGUGAAAGAUAAAAUUUUUAUCAAAUUGAUUUAUACUGUAAGGGUGAAUGUAUUUUUCUUAGUUGAAAUUACUGUCAUGAAUGAAAUAUUUGCUUCUUAGUCUUUCCCAGUGUAUGGUGCUUGGUAUUGAGGAUACUGUAUGAUGAAAUUCUUUUAUUUGAGAUGAAUCUUACCUACUGUUAAAGUUAGCUUAUAUCUCCAUGACGAUUAGGCAAGUCUGCAUUCAAACAAAAAAAUUGAAUGGCUGCUCAGAUGACUGUCUAGUUCACCUAUUCUCCACCAGGUGUGUUUCAAAUGGUUUAGCUCGUCAGAAUUCUUGCCACCAUUGUGCUGGCAGUUGUUGGUGUUCUAUGAAGUUUGGCUAUUUUUAUCUGUGGUGUUUUAAUUUCAUUUGCCUAGUAGGUCUUGCACCAGAAGCAAAACCAGUAACAUCAGGCUAUGUAGGAAUGAUUUUGGUGCAAUCAGGAUGUUGGAAUUUGAAGUAGAUUAACAUUUGGUUUGUACCGGCUGCAGGCUACAGGGUGUGAUCUUUGAACUAGAUGUGAGGAAUGUAGAGGAUUGGUCUGAGGACUUUAUACCUGAAUAUAUCAGAUACAUAUAAGAAAGAAGGGAAGCUUUUAGAAUGCAAUUAAGCUCUAAUAGAAGUUGAACUAAGUUCGUCACUGGGAACAUUCCGAAUCCCUCCAUAUUGUGUGCUCUUUCUCGUGUUCCCCUGUUAGAAGUACAGGCAGUCCCUAGAUGUCGUUGUCACAGGUUAAGCCUGAAAGAGGCAAAAUUAACCUUUUUGUUUUGUGGUUUUAGAAAACCUAGCUAUCUUUGUUGUCAAUGGUUAAGCCUGUAGAAGGCAAAGUUAACUUUUUGUAUUAUGGUUUUAGAAAACCUAGAAUGUCAAGCCUGUAGAAGGCAAAGUCAACUUUUUGUAGUAUUAUUCAAGAAAACCUAGAAUGUCUUUGUCAAAGGUUAAGCCUGGAAGAGGCAAAUUUAACCUUUUCUUUUGUGUUUUUAGACACUUAGGACGUCUUUAUCAAAGAACCCAAGGUCCUCUGCGACGUAUUUAAUUAGGCUGGUGGAUGAGAAAUAGCUCCAUAUCUUCUACCUUUAUUGAAGGUAAACAUUCAUAGUGUGAGCAGCAGUUGUAACAUCAAUUUGUUUCGUCAGGAUAGGAUGGAUGUGGCGCAGUAGAAGUGCAAUUUGGAUUUACACGCUCAUUAUCUUAAGUAGGAGAAUAGCGUUUCUAAACCAUAAAGCCCUUGUGCCACUACUGGUAGUGGGUAGCCUUUUCCUGAACUGAAGAAGGAGCAAUCUUUUGGGGAGCGUGAAGGUACAAAUUUUGUAUAGGAGUGUACCUUUAUAUCCUAAAGGUAUUUAUUUUAAGUGACUUGUUUUAUAGGGCUUUUGGACCCAGGCACAGGGGUCCCCUCACACCGCUUCCAUUUCAUUCUGGCUGAAUCAAAGUUGUUCUUUCUGGAAGGCUGUUCUUUACUGCAAACUUAUUAUAAGAGCCUUGCUCCCUGAAUGGAAUCCAACUUCUGGUGGUGGUAAAAUCCAGAAAGGAUUCUGGAUCAGGUUUUGGGUCAUGUAAGAAACCUUUAGCUCUGAGCGGAUUUUUCUUUAACUGCACUACCCACCCAGCCUCCCCACACCUUAGUGGGCUGUCAAGGAGAGUUCUGACAAGAGCUAAAACAUUUGAAACACACCUGGUGGAGAACAGGUAAACUAGACAAGUCAUUUUGGGCAGCCAUUCAAUGUUUUGUUUGAAUGCCAACUCGCCUAAUGGACGGUGAGAUAUAAGCUAACUUUAACAGUAGGUAAGUAUUCAAAUAAUACAUUUUAUUAUGAAAUUUAUGCAUACAUUUUCAUGAGAAAAAAAUACAGAAUCUAUAUAGAUACAUAAAUAAGAAGCUGGGGAAAUUAGUUGGUUUUUUAAUAGUAGACUAUCUUAUAUUAAUCAUUGUAUUUUACCAACUUACAUUAAGAUGCCUUAUUUUUUUCAUUAUUUUAUCUAUUUUAUCUUUAGUGAAAAGUGUCACAAGGAAUGAAAAUGGUGUUUUUGCAAUUUAGUAUUUAAGAAACUGGUGUUCAACCCUUUGGCCUUGGAAACAAAAAUCUUGUCCACUUCCAUAAGGCCCUAUGGGACCAGAAGUAUGCAAGAGUCAAUUGCACUUGAGAGCUUAUGCAUUAACUGUAGCAAGAACAUAAUCAGCCCAUGUAUAUAAAGUAAACCCCACCCUGAAAUGACACUUAUUCAAUGUUAGCAACUUUUUUCAGCAAUUCAGGGAAGGUUAUAAUUAUUAUAUUCAGUUUAUUCAACCUUUGAGGAAUUAGAAAUUCUAACAAUCAAUAUUUGAUUAAUAAUUAUGUACAGCUGAGAGUCUUACUGUUGCAUAAAAGCUGCUGCUCUGGCACUUGCAGCCACAUACUUGAUCCAGUUUGCUGUGAUGUGUCAUAUGAAAAAUGAACUGGAAUUGCCUUGAAUAGCUUGAUGCAUCCUCUUGGUUCACAGAGUAGCAAGGUUAUAGUUGUUUCUAUGUCUAUGAUGACAUAUAAUGAUACAAGUGAUAUUAGGAGUCUCAGCUUCAUUUGGCCACUCAUGCUCAUUGAUAAUGGUUUAAUGUAUGAUGCCUUUUGUACUGUGCUGUAUUACUGGUUAUUACAGUAUAUACAUAUAAUUACUAAAAUGUGUACAGUAUAAUUCAAAUCUGUGCAAUUGACCCCUGGUAUUCGCAGAGAAUGCGUACCACAAAUAACUAAAAUCCACAAAAAAUUCAAAUGCCAAACCCCUCUAAAAGUAUUUAUUUAAUAGUUUUAUGAUUUUUUCACAAAAAAAUGCAUUUUGUCAUGAAAAUUAUAUGAAUACAGUAAUUAGUGAAUAUCUCAAUGAAAAAUACAGCGAUUAGUCGAUUUUCCACAAAUAAUGGGUAUAGGUGUUGCACAGAAAAGCUUAUGAAUAGGCGAGUCCGCGAAUCCGGAACUGCGAAUAGGCGGGGGUCAACUGUACUGAUUGGUGUAAAUAAUAUGUCCCAGGCAUGCAGUGAAAUUCUCUCUUCAUCUUAAGUUUUUGUGCAACAAGUAAUGUAUAAUGAAAAGAUAUUUGGAAAGAAACAAAUGGAUUAAAAAGUAAACCAUUAAGUAUGUCUUGUGUGCAUGCAUGUUAAUUUUGUUUCCCAUAUAUUCAGUAGUAAAUAAAAGUGUAAUAAAAAAAAGUUAACUGCACAUGUGUGCAUUUGUCUGCCUUGGUAAUGUACUGUGUACACACCGUGGUGGGUUUGUUAAUUUUUGUCAAUAAAAAUGUAGUGGUUUUGGUGUUUUUACACCAAAAUAAAUGAGCCACAUGAUGUAAUUGCAAAUAGGGAUACUUUUGAUUGGCUAUAUGUGAGUUUAUAUUUAGCAAUCUAAUGAGUAACUACAAUGUAACUAUUGUAUAUUUUAAUAAUUUUUUUUUAUAAAAUGGUAAAAUAAUUGUGAUAUUUAAAGUACAGUAAUGCAGUUGAAAGAAAAAAUAAAAUAGGUUAUCUAGAAAUGACAUUGUAGACAAUACCAUAACCUAACCAAGCAAAAAAAAAUCUUGAAUUGGAUGUAGGCAAUACCAAAACUAACCAAGCACAAAAAUCUUGAAUUGGACAUAUACAGUAUAUUCUUUUUAGUGUACAGUACGUUCUUUUUAGUAAAUAACUGAUUUAACUAGUUUAUAAAAAUUUACAUUUUAUCUUGACAUAAGAAUACAAAAUGAAAAUGGUGAGUUUAUUAUAUGUUAAUUGAGAAUUAUUCUGACCAGAAAGUAGGCCUGAUUCCUAAAGAAGGCUGGAUGGCUUGACUGAAUGAAUCCAUCAAUUGGCAUUUGCACAUAAGUUCCAAAUUACCUCCAUGUAGGUUGGCUUUGCUUCCACCAGAAGAACUACACUUCCAACUAUAAUGGAAUAUCUGGAUCCAACUUGAAAAGGAAGACAUGGGAAUAUGGCCAUGCGAUGCAUCACUUAUGUGGAUGUGUGUAUACGUACAUGGAUGAAUCAAACACCUGGAUGUGUGAUGGGUCAAGUACAUGGUCAAGCGAUGAACCAUGUACACAGACAAAUGAUGACACUUACACAGUCUUGUGAUGUAGAACGAUCAAAGUGAGCAUCUGGGAGACCAACACUCUUGGCUAGUAGUCUCUGGACCCUUACUCUGGAAGAAGCACAAAGUAAACCUCGAUCACGUACAAGGCAUGAUAUGCAAAAUGAUCCAAGUUGGAACAUCAGAGAGAAGAGCACUUGCCUAGAGGUAUCUCAACCCGACUCUGGCAGAUGAACGGCGAGUAUAGGACCUUCAUCACGUAUAAGGGCGUGUAACAAUCAUGUACACAGAAGUGUGACGAUCACAUUCACGGGCAUGUGACGAAUCACGAGUAUGGGUGUGACAUAGAACAAUCCAAUGGAGAAUGUCAGGGAGAAGACCACUUUUUGCCUAGCAGUCUCAAACUCAGACUCUUGAAGACAAAUGGCGGGAGUAGGAUCUCUACCACUUGCAUAGACGUGUGAGGAUCACGUACACAGCCGUGUUCACCUUCUCCUCCUAAGUCAGAGAUGUCUCAUCAUGCAAUGAACUCGGACAGGCCGAGGAGACGAAGAACCAGCCUGAGAACUCUGAUGUGAGUGAAGAUCAACAUGGACUGGAACACGUUCGCAUACACUUCUCACUGUCAGAGGAUGCCACAUGGACUGCAACAUGUUCACGUACUUGAAGGGGAGUCACAUCCAUGCUGAGAAGAUGGGGAAACACCCCUCUCCCUUUCAGAAGACUUCACAAGUCUCAAAUUUUCCAUCGGGAGGAGAGGGGCAGGAAGAGGAAAAGGCGACGGAGGUGUUGCCCUAAGACAUCUCAAAUCAACCAACUCUUUUGAGAACCUCUCAUGGGUUGCCACUGACCGCGACGGCAUCAUGGACGAUGAUGGAAAUUACAUCACGGCAACAGGUGGAAGAGAGACAUCACCGAAGCAGAUGUCAGAGAGAAGUCUUGAGAAUGACAUCAUGAUUCGGACUGGUAGUCCAAGUCAAGGGUCUCGGUGAAAGCAAGAUGGUGAAAAAGGCCUUCUAGUACCUCCUACAGCAAUCGGAGGGCCUUCUCUGGACAUGCAUAUGUGACGGAUAGCAAACAAUUUCCAAGAAAAUUCAUCGUCGAAGGAAUAGUCAACCACAGCAGCGGCAAACUGCAGUCAGCAGAAGCCAUGAUGUCAAGUCACAUAGCAGAUUACUGUUACAGAGAGGGAGAGAACAUUAUGUGUAGUGCAGGAAAACUUUAAAACUGAACAGUACUACAAUUAUAUCUUACAACAAAAGGGUACCAAGUCGAACAUCAUAGGAGACUAUAUUCAAAGCAACCUGAUGACAGCAAGGAACACCGCCAACAGUACAGACUGCUUCCAAAGUCUCUCUUCAUAGCACAAACACACAAAUAAAAAAUGAGUGAAGUGGCAUUUCUGUCAGAGGGAAGUGAAGCGGAGGGGCUCCCAAGUUCUGAGCAACCGCUACCACUGCCACACUUCCAGGCAAGAAGCAGGGCUGACAACUGAAGAGCCUGUAAAGAAACAUUAUACAUAAUAACAUAAUGUUCUCUCCCCAAGGAAAGAAGACUUCUAUCCUGAGAGGGAAAAAGAAUCAUAUUUAUGUGAGGAUAGAGGGAAAGACGGGAGAGCCAUAAAACCCACGCUCCUCUCCCUCCAAAUGACGGAAAGAGAAAAGAUGACCAUUACUACGUUCCCAGAAAAUGUUCAAGAUAAAAUGAAUGAUACAUAAAACAUUAAUGUCAAUAUAAAUGUUUUCAAAUUAUCUUCAAUAUAAAAAAAGUAAAAUACUAAGAACAAAAAGUAGCUGGGCCCUCCGGAAGGCUGUCUAAAAAAUGUUGAUGUCCAGAGAACUUUUGGGCUGAAUAAAUAUGAAACAAAGCAUAGGCUUCAAUAAAAAACCGGCUUGGGGGAAGGAGAGCAAAGCGAAAAACGACUCUCCAAGGCGGAUGAAGAAAGACUGGUGCACCACGUUUCCUUUCAAGCCUGGUCAGUGACCAACAUCCACCUUGUACUAUAUGCAUAAGUUGUCAGAUGCCACAGAUUCCUUGCUUUACAAUCUUUGAUCGUUUUUAAUUGGUUUCCAGCUAGCGCUAGAAGAUUAUCCUAUUGUUAAGACCUCAGGUUUGUUAGCUAUGAAAAAUACAAAUAUUUUGCUUUCCUGAUGGCCUGGCAAUCUGGAUUUCAUUGGACUUUAUUCCAUAGGACUUGUCAAAUAUUGAUGGGCUCAAAACCUGUAUGCAUCUUUAAAUUCAGCAACUCAUUAAGAAACACUAAAACAAUUUUAUUGUGUUGACAACACAAUGGAGAAAAAUGUUUUUACAAUGUGUAAUUUAUACUAAAAGCCAGGUAAGAAUUAAAUACUGGUUGUCUACAAAUAGUAUUCAGUCAUUUCCUAUAACUGCUCCCAUGUAAUGCAUAUUACGUAUUAACCAAAUAAAAAUUAUAAUUUAAGUAA